AAAAGAGACGGACUAAUGCACACUUAUACCAGCCAAUUAGAUAACACUUCCUGGUUCCUGUCUCCCCCCAGCGCUGGCAUCGCCGUGGGUUUCUAUGGCAACGGAGAAUCGUGCGAUGGGGCCAAUCGUCUGGCCUACUCCCUUCGUCAUGCCAACCGCACUGUGGCAGGGGUGGACAGGCUGGUGUCCGAGAGCGCGCUGGCGUUGAACGAGACGGUGGAGGCAGGACUAGUGCAGCUGGAGUCGUCCUAUCAGGAGCAGGCAGACUACGUCUCAUUGGUCCAGAAGCUGCAGGGUCAGCUGGAUGAGCUGCUGAGGCUGCUAUUGGCUGUUCCCUUCUGGUCCAACACCCGGGUCUCCCUGGAGACACUGGCCCGCUCCACCGAGGCCUUCGACUGGUACAGGUGGCUUGCAUACCUGACUCUGCUGCUGUUUGAUGUUCUCAUCUGUCUGCUGGUGCUCUUUGGGCUCAUACGCAACUCUAAAGGCACUCUGAUUGGGGUGUGUGUGCUGGGAGUGUUGACCCUGACCAUCAGCUGGCUCUCUCUGGGGCUGGAGCUGACCACUGCCGCGACGGCGAGUGAUUUCUGCAUUUCCCCAGAUACCUAUAUCACCAGGGUAACCAAGGAAAAUGCUGUCAUCGACCAAGAUAUCUUGCAGUACUACCUACAGUGCAGCUCUGGUCAGGUCAACCCCUUCCAACAGAGGCUGUCAGGAAGCCACAAGUCGUUGGUGGAGAUGCAGGAUGAUGUGUCAGAACUUCUCAGAUCAGCUACCAGAGAAUACCCCAGCACCAAGGGUCACCUCCAGCAGAUUCAGACGGUGUUGAACUCCACAGAGGUGGGUCUCCACCAACUGACUGCUCUGCUAGACUGUCGCAGCCUUCACAUGGACUAUGUCCAGGCGCUGACAGGCGUGUGUUAUGACGGGCUGGAGGGGGUGAUCUACCUGGUCCUCUUCUCCUUCGUCACCGCCCUCAUGUUCUCCUCCAUCAUCUGCAGCGUGCCUCACACCUGGCCCAGCAAGAGGAUGGAUGAGGAGGAUGGAGAGGAGGAGUCUGGCGCUUCGCGUGGUCCCCAUGACAACCUGUACCGCGUGCACAUGCCCAGUCUGUACAGCUGUGGUUCGAGCUACGGCAGCGAAGCCAGCCUCCCAGCCACCGCGCACACUGUCAGCAAUGCCCCCGUCACUGAGUACAUGAACCAAAGCGCUAACUUUCAGACCCCGCGCUGCGAGAACACCCCUCUCAUUGGCAGGGAGUCCCCUCCGCCCUCUUACACCUCUAGUAUGAGGGCUAAGUAUCUGGCCACAGGCCGACCGGAGCAGAACCGUCGCUCCGUCCCUAACGACCAGCUGGACCCGGCGACCCGACCCCACCCCACUGCCCGGCCCCAGUCCUCUGUACACUAGAACAAGAACCUGCCGGAAACCUCCAGAACCCACCACAACUUUCCAAAACCCUCCAGAACUUUCCACAACCCUCCAGAACAUUCUAGAACCCACCGUAACUUUCAAGAAUCUCCCUGAAGAAGCUUCAUACUGCUCCACGGGUGACCCACCCUGACCCCUGACCCCACCCCGGUCUCACCCCCAACCAGGCAACUACAGAACCACUAGCCCUGACCCCUGACCUGAAUGGUCCUGUCUUGGUGCUGUUUGUCCCAGCUCCUCUUCCUUCCUGACCUCCCUUCACUUUUAACUUUAGAGAAUAGAUGUUAUACACAAACACUCUCAGACACACACACACAGUCACACGUACACACAUGUACCUGUCCUGUAGGUAUGUAAAUAGUGUGUUAUUCUAGUGUGGUUAUUAUGGUGGUGUGUCUGUAGCUGGAAUCAGGGAUCUGAUGCUGUUGUAACGCUGUAUCGCACACACAUGCAUAUACACACACACACAUACACACACACUUGCAUAUACACACCCACAGCCAGACUCUGUAACCAUAAACUCAGUCAGGUUUGUUGCUAUGAACAACCUUCUUAUAGAAUUCUGUACAUAGAAAAACACACACACACACACACACCUUGUAACCACGUUGUCUUGCUUUGAACUUAUCUGACUUGAAUCUUUCUUAAUCUGUGCUUUCCUGUGCACAUGACAUGCGUGCAUGAGCGUGUAAAUACUGAACGCAAUGAGUGAAGUCUGAAAUGGAAUGCUCUAUGACCUUCCGGAAUCUGCAACCCUUUCUGCGGACUUCCGGAAUGUGUAGAUGGACAUUCUCUGUCUGUAUGUCUGUCUUACUGUCUGUCUGACUGUGUGCCAAACUAACCAUCUCUAUUCUGGGAAUACUCAAGAUACUACCAGCCAUUCUCUCUCUCUUUCCUUCUCUCUGUCUCUCUCUCUUUCUCUCUGUCUCUCUCUUUCUCUAUAUAUAUUCCUCUGUCCUUGCAUCUCCUGGUGUGUUUUGAUUGGUUCUGACAUGGAGAGGGGCGGGGGAUAGGGGUCAUCAUGACCUCUCCUCAACCAACCAGCUUUGCUGGCCAAGCACAACCCCUCUGCGGUACGAAAAAGGGAAUACACACUCACACACACGUUUACACGCACAUACACACAUAUUUACACACUCACACUCACUCAUAGUGAGGAUAAUACUAGUGGUCGUUUUGUGUUCAGUGUGGUUGCAGUGUAAAGUGUGAUAAUGUGAUACUUUAUAAUCUGUUACUUUACUGCUGGGUGAUAUUACACAACCGCUCACAUUAACUGCCGAACACACACACACACACACACACUGUAUUUACUGUUGCAAGCACACACACACAUCUACUGACACAGAGACACACUCGUUAAUUGCCUCACACACACACACAGUAUUAACUGAUGCAAGCACACACACAUUUUUUUUACUGUCACAAGCACACACCAUCUUCAGCUUGCUACCCAUACAGAACUACAUAUCCCAUACAGAACUACAUAUCCCAUACAGAACUACAUAUCCCAGCUCUGUGAUGUGACUCUGCAUGGGACAGGGCAUCAUGUGUAAUGAUGUUGUGAGCUGACCUUGCGGCUUGAACCACCGAGCGACAGUCUCACCUGUCUGUCAUCACGUUACCAAGGCGAUGCUACCUAGUCAUGUGGGAGGAAACUGGGCAAAAAAAUUACAAACAAAAAAACAACAUAAACGACAACAUGAACUCUAACAGACUUUCACAUGAUCGCCCUUCUGUCUUUUAAAAGGAAACACAACAGCUAGCUCUGUGAUGAUGGUGUAGAUGAUGAUGGUGGUGACCUAUGAUUCUCCUGGGAUAUCAUCAUUUGGUGUUUUAUACAGACAUGGCUGUCCAUAUGUGUGUACUCAACUGUAUCUCUACUGUCUAUACUCUACUGCCGAGACAAUGCUGUCCAUGUAUACAUGUGGUCCCUUAAUUAUGACAUCACUGAGCCUGGAGUUCAUGUUCUUAACAAGGUAUUAAAGAAACUUUAAUUGA